AUGGCGGCGACCUUCUGCUCCCUCUCCGGGAGGAUCAUCGGAGGUGGAUUCCCGGAAGUUGCUCCUCGAGCUCUCCGCCUCCGCGGGAACCCUUCUCCCUGGAGAUUAUCAGUUCAACCUGUGAACAAUCGGCUGCGGAGGCGGCGGAAUGGAUUAUCGGGGCUGGUGGCGUCUAUUUCGCCUCCUUCCCCCACGAGAGCCCCCAGCGGCUCCACGAAGCUUUAUGUUAGUGGUACGCAUCGUCCUCUCUUCUUCUUCGCGAUUUAGUCUCUUGCUUCCACCGGAAAAUGUGAAGUGUGCGCAAUGUGCGCAAUGCUUUUUGUUAUUUUAGAUGCUUAAUUGGCGGGAACGGAUGAUCAGUGAGAUUUCAGGUCGUUUUUGACCUUUACGGAAUUCUAAAUCUUGGCCAGGGCUUGGAAAUUGAUGUGCCGUAAUAUUUGUGGAGAGGAUCGUAAUUUGCCUUCGUGCUGGAUCUAUGAGGAAUUAAUAUUUCUUUGCUCGAAUUUGUGGGCAGGACCGACUGCGUUGACUCUUCAGAACGUCCAGUGUCCAUGUUUCUUACGUAAUCUCUUUGCAUUCUCUGCAGGACUUUCUUUUCGCACAACGGAGGAAAGUUUAACAAGUGCCUUUGAAAAAUUUGGUCGGCUUGUAGACGGUGAGAGUAGUUGUAGAACUCAUCUCCUUCAUUUCUCUUCAUCACAAUCUAGAUACUUUGCCUCGAUUUAAGAAUUCUUGCGCAGAAAUCGGUACAACUGAUGCUACUGAGUGAGGCGAAUGAUUUAUUCAGCCAAAAAAGAAAAAUGAAAGGGUGAAUCAACAGCUAUCCAUUUUGUUUUCGUUGUGCAGUCAACCUAGUGAUGGAUAGAAUAGCAAACAGGCCGAGAGGGUUUGCCUUUCUUCAAUAUGCAACUGAGGAAGAAUCCCAGAAUGCCAUCGAAGGGAUGCAUGGAAAGGUUUAUAAUUUUGAACUCAUGUGAUUCCUACUUCUUUGAUUUUUUUGUGCAUAAACAAGCGAGGACGUUAUCUUACUUUUGAACCAAAUCCAGAUUAGUCAUCAGAGGCUGUAUAAUCUGAGCCUUGUCCAUUCAUCCUUGUUAGUCUAAUAAUUUACAAGGGCUUUUUCUAAAGCCAAAUCAAGUGAAAAACUUUGCAGAAGAUUUAUUUAUUUAUUUAUUUAUUUAUUGUAGCAGCAUGAUGACAUGAGGAUCCGCCAUCUCUAUUUGGGCUGACAAAGAGGGAAUUUUUUUUGUCAUACCAAAAAUAGAUCGGGUCAUAAGUUUGAUCUUGACACAGCCUCCAGUUGAUGGUUCCUAAGAGGUAAAGCCCCUAAAAUAAGGAGGUUACCGAAAGCCCUUCCCAUACAAAAUGCAUAUCACACUCUCACUGCAAUAAGAAAUGGCACAGAACCUCGUUGGGAAAUCUCUCCCUCGACUAUUAAUCAGUGUGGAGUUUUUUUAUUAACUUUACGUCUUUUGAUCAUGUUGUAAAAUUUCUCGUGUUAAAGUGUGUAUAUUGGGUAGCCACCUUAUUCUCAAGAUGAACGAUCCAGCCCUCUGAAGCUAGGUAAUAGUAAAUAGGAGAACCAUGCAGAACAAGCCCAUGGGAGAUAUCUGUACUAAUUUAUUUAUCAGAAUUUCCAUUAAAGAUCACAUAUUGAUAAGUCACUAUCUCUGGUAAGAUCUCUCCUCCCUCUGAAAUGCCUGCAAUAUCCUCAUCUCUCGUGGCUCGGUUUCUUCAAUGAAACCUUCAGGGAAUGAGUUCUGCUUGCUCAAGCCAGCCCUUUACCAGGCGAUGAACAGGCUGAAUGUGCCUUGUCCCCACCUCCCUUGAGAUUCACUCAGCAUCAACCGAGUUCUCAUUGGCAUCCGGAGAUUUCUAAAUCAAGAAUUUCGAAUAACUUAUUAUAUGGGUUUUUAUGCUUGACUUUUGCUUUAUUGGGUCUGCCAAGCGGGGCCUACGGAUAAAGCCCACCCUUUAGCCACUAAACCUUGUUCUUUUCAUGGGCAUUAGAAUAGAUUCGUGGUUUUCCAGGAUCCCUGUGAUGAGUUCUUUAGAUUCUAUUCUCUUGAAAUUAUUUAGUCUGGAAAGCUCAUUUACUGAUUUUCUGACUUUCUUUCUGUUCUUCAGUUCCUAGACGGGCGAGUCAUCUUUGUUGAAGUCGCCAAGCCAAGGUCAGAGAUGCCAGCUCGCAAGCAAGCUCCUCCAAGGCUCUACUAG